UCAUGGAAAUCGUCGGGUGAUUGUUGUGCGAACUCUAUUUAUUUUUUGUUUCGUGAAAAAUUAUUUUUCGUUGUUUGUGUUACUUGAUUUCAUACAAUUCUGUUUAUUGAUUUGGUGAAAAUGCAUUAAGUGCCAAUGAGUUAAUCCGUUAUAUUUGUUGAAUGCUUGGUUGAAAAUUUCAACAUCACCAUGAAGGUGGACUUAGGCGUUUGGAGGCGACGCAACUUAUCAAAACUUGCAGCAGGUUGUGUCGUAAUCCUUUUUGCGUUUGCACAAAGUGAAGCAGCAACGCCCCUCGGUCCGUCAGAUCGCCCCGAAGCUUACUUCAAUGGCAGCUCCUAUAUCCGCCUGUCGAGGCCUAUCUCGCUUAAACAGCUAGUUGGACUUAGUUACCGCACUUGUGUUGGCGGUGAGCUUUUUUCACAACGAUCGGAGGGGUACACUCUCCAUGUCACAGCGUUGUUCGAGCAAGUUGUGGUCUCUUGGUCUAGGCCUGGGCAGCCGCAGAGAGAGGUCGGCAUCGCGAAGGAGACACUGGACAACCGCUGGCAUUGGGUAGCGUUGAAGUAUCGGCCCAACCCACCGGCUUUGUUGCUUGAAGUUGAUAGGGAAUCGCAGGUGAUAUCAAACGUGACCUGGAACGGUGAAUUGCUAUCAGCCGGCGCCCUAGAAGCCAACGGUGCAGUGGUGUUAGUGGGUAACGUGUUCAGUGGAUGCCUUCACGAGGGUCCACAACUGGAGUUCCAUGCUGCGUAUCUUUUGCAGACCAAUGUGCGGUUUGGCCAUUGUCCACUAACCACUGAUGAAUGUAAAGAUAGAAAGGACGUUCUACGGAUACCGCCAAAAGACCACUGCUACAACGAACCGUGUAUGAGACACGGCACUUGUAUAUCUAGACAUGAUAGAUAUGAAUGUCAUUGUUCAGCUCGAUACACGGGCAACAAUUGUGAAGUGGACGCGGGUGAUCCCUGCGCGUCUGCGCCAUGUCACCAUGGAGGGACGUGUGUGGAAGACACUAGGGGGGACUACACAUGUCUCUGUCCUAAACAUUAUCACGGUAUGUUCUGUGAACUGGAAGACUCGUUAGACCCGCAGUGCGUGGCGGGACCAUGUCGUAACAACGGAUCGUGUAGUGUACCAACUGGAGCUGAUAGCUAUGUAUGCGAUUGUCUACCAGGUUACACAGGCCGAAAUUGCGAAACAGAUAUAGAUGAGUGCGCGAUAUCGGGCGCGGCUUGCCUUAAUGGCGGCCGAUGUGUUGACGCCGUCAAUAAUUACACUUGCGAUUGUACUAAUACUGGUUACACCGGCCCCCGAUGUGACAUAAAUAUAAACGAAUGUCUGGAAGAGCGAUCUGUAUGCGGGCAUGGAGUGUGUUACGACACAUACGGAUCAUUCGUUUGCGCCUGUUUACCCGGUUAUACGGGUGACCGGUGUCAAAAGAUGUCAGCGUGCGCGUCUGGACCGUGUGGCGUCGGUGGUGCAUGUGUAGAAGAAAACAACGGGGCCGGUUUCCGUUGCGUAUGCGCACGUGGUCUCGCGCCGCCAUUGUGCGUGCCGCAAGCCCCGCCCACUACGGUUGCCACGCCCUCAAGCUCCGCUCCAUCUACGCUUGUCACACCCGUGUCCGCUUGUGAGGAGGUCUCGUGUCCGCCUAGGUCACAUUGUAGACAAGGUGUGACCGGAAUGGUAGCGGGUAUAGUACUCACCAAGCAAGUUCUUUGUGUCUGCGACAUUGGAUAUUAUGGUGCCCCAGGUGUAUCUCCAAACUGCAGCACUCUGGAAAGCGUUUGUGAGAGCGGAGUCUGUCAGAACGGUGGUACUUGUACCAGGACACCCGAACACUUUAAUUGUACUUGCCCGCCGCCUUAUAGAGGUAUGUACUGCGAGGUGGGGCCUUCCGGCAAAGCUUUAUCGGAACCAAAAGUCGAGCGUUGCGCCUCCGUCCCUUGCCUCCAUUCUACGGGUUGCCGCGAUACGCCAAACGGAUUCCGUUGCGAUUGUGAGGCGGGUUGGACGGGGGCACGUUGUGAAGUAAAUAUGGCCCCAGCGCUGUCUGGUGAUUGUGGUCGCGGUUGCGCCAAUGGGGGGACAUGUCGCGGCACUGAGUGCGAUUGUCGUCCAGGUUUUGGGGGGCCCUACUGUGAAGUAACAUUGGACUGUAGGGCUACGCCUUGUCCGCAUCGACAGGAGUGUGUAGAACAAAGUGGAACAUGGCGUUGUGCAGCUGCCGGCGCUGAAUCGGCAUGCUCCUCUUCACCCUGUCACAAUGGAACAUGUUUGGCACUAGACAAUGGAUUGUUCCGAUGCCAAUGCCAGCCUGGACAUACUGGUCGAUUUUGUGAGAUUGAUAUAGAUGAAUGUGCUCUUAUGCCGAAGAUAUGCAACCACGGAGUGUGCGUAAACAUUCCCGGUUCAUACCAGUGCUACUGCAAACCAGGUUACACGGGUGAUAGUUGUGAGCAAGAUAUAGAUGAAUGUCUAUCUACGCCGUGUAAGAAUGGUGGUUCAUGUCAGAAUCUCGAAAAUAAUUACGAGUGUACGUGCGUGGAAGGAUUCGAAGGCAAAGACUGUUCAAUUAACAUAAAUGAGUGUGCGACAAACCCGUGCGCGGCGGGUGCUACGUGUGUGGAUGGGAUAGCGAGCUAUUCCUGUCUCUGUCCAGAGGGACUCACUGGGGCCAGGUGCCAGAUCGAUAUUGACGAUUGCGAGUCGGAACCGUGCCUUCACGGCGGCUACUGUGCUGAUGGAGUUAAUAGUUUCACAUGUGAUUGUACGGGUACCGGGUAUAACGGACCCACCUGCGAAACUAAUAUUGACGAGUGUGCGCCGCAACCUUGCAGGAAUGCAGCCACGUGUAUAGACGACCUAAAUGAUUAUCAUUGUAUGUGCCAUCCCGGAUUUACUGGUAAAAAUUGCGAAAUUGACAUAGAAGAGUGCGAAAGUAAUCCAUGCAAAUACGAUGGCGUAUGUCUCGAGCGAAGUAAUACCAGUUUGUACCGGACGCCCGAGUCUCCACCCGUGCAAGUGGGUCCGCAGCCGCAUAUGCUAUUGCCACAAGUGUUCUAUCAGCCGUUUUCACUCGAAAAUGCAGGAGGUUUCGAGUGUGUUUGCGUGACCGGUACGACAGGAGCUCGUUGCGAGAUAAAUAUUGACGAAUGCGAAUCGUCGCCUUGCGGACAUGGCAAGUGCGUGGACGGCAUCGGCGAGUACCGGUGUGAGUGUGCGCCGGGAUACGAGGGAGAUCAUUGCGAGAUUGAGAUCGAUGAGUGCCUUAGGUACGCGCCAUGCGCUCACGGACGUUGCUACGACGGGCACGCGUCGUACAUGUGUCUAUGUGAACCGGGUUGGGGUGGACGAAACUGUUCAGUUGUACUACGGGGCUGUGCGGAUUCUCCCUGUGCUAAUAGAGGCAACUGCCUGCCCUGGCUCGCCAAUGAGACCGACCAUCGCUUCAACUGCUCGUGUGCGCCGGGCUUUUAUGGGACUACGUGUGAAAAGAUAACAACUAUGUCUCUGGAGAAGAGUAGUUUUGUGGAAGUGAACACAUCGCGUGAGGAAGGUUAUGACAUCUCUUUCCGGUUCAAAACUACCCUCGGAAAUGGUCUAUUGGCGAUGGGUCGCGGUCUCACGUACUUCUUCUUGGAAUUGUCAAACGGAAGAUUGAAUCUCCACUCUAGUCUACUGAAUAAGUGGGAGGGAGUUUUUAUUGGAUCCAAUUUAAAUGAUAGUAAUUGGCAGAAGGUUUUCGUAACAAUCAACUCGUCACACGUGGUGUUAUCUGCAAACGAGGAGCAAACAAUAUACCCGAUAAGUCAGAACGAAGCCUUCAACGCUACGGUGACGUCAUUUCCGUCGACACGCCUCGGUACAACGGGCUCUUCGUACGGAACGUUAACGCACGGACCGAAUUUCUUCGUUGGAUGUUUCCAGGAUGUCGUCGUUAAUCAACAUUGGGUACUUCCAGAGGAUUCGAAUACAACUAUGCCUGAAUUCAGCACGGAACGUGUGGGCUCAGAUUGGGGGGAGAAAGAGACAGAGGAGACAGAGACAGAAAUGGACCCCGAGGGUCAAGAAGAUGAGGGUCCUAGGGUGGUGUUGAGAGGAGUUCUUGCGUCCUGUCCUCGGACCCCGCAGUGCGAGCCUAACCCAUGUCACUCUGGGGGUCAUUGCGAAGAUGCAUGGACCACUUUCGUGUGUUCAUGUCCACGGCCCUAUUUGGGACAUACUUGCCAGUAUAAUUAUACUGCGGCAACGUUCGGGCAAGAGUCCGCACGGCCCCACUCAGUGGUAGUUGUGAACGUGUCGGAGGCAGCUCGACGCGCAGUGCACGCGGCACUCGACAUCUCCAUGUUCGUGCGUACGCGCAAGCCCACGGGACAGAUAUUCUAUCUCGGUUCUGGCUCUAGCAGAUACGGCGGUACCGAUGAGACAUUGGUGGCGGCGUCACUGAAGGGUGGUGAGUUGUUGGUGCAUCUGCGGUUCAACCACACACCUGAAGAUUACACUGUGGGGGGUACCAGGCUUGAUAAUGGACACUUGCAUCUGAUACAGGUGGUACGAAAUUCAACACUGGUACAAGUGAAGUUAAACGGCACUGAAUACUUUAGGAAGUCGAUAUCAGCUGCUAAGCAACUUGAUGCACAGAUACUAUAUCUGGGUGGUCCACCAACACCAAUUCUGCCCACCGAAUCUACUCUUCUACCAAACACAACACAAGCACCCAUCCCCGAACCAGACGACUCCGAGUACUUCAAAGGUGUCAUUCAGGACGUCCAAAUAUCUAAUGGUCUGAAUGCAACCAUUGUGGAAUUUUUCCCUCUGCGAGUCGAGGGCGUUUCCCUCCCCCCUCCAUUUGGGGAGGUGGAGCUAGACCCCAGCGGGGUUUUAGAGGGCGUAGUGUCGGAUGACGUGUGCGCGUCUACGCCCUGCCAUCAUAACGCGACGUGCACUAAUACGUGGAACGAUUAUAUGUGCACCUGUCCACGUGGUUACAAAGGAAAGCAAUGUGAUGAGGUCGAGUUCUGUCAGCUGCAGGGUUGUCCGCUUAACUCACACUGCCGAAACCUUGACAGAGGAUACGAGUGCGUAUCGAACGCGACAUUUGACGGUGUGAACACGACGCUAACGUAUACGCUACGUACACCCGCAGCAGACGCGCUUGCUGAGCCUAUUGACCCGCCACAAACGCUCACACUUACGUACAGGAGCAAAGUAGGCGGCACUUUAUUCCGUGCCGAACUUGACGAGUCAGAGCAAGACUCUGAGAAGAACACGACCAAUGGUAUAUCCUGGUUCAGUGUGGGCGUCUACAGAGGGCAGGCAGCUCUGCAAUGGCGUCUUGGUGGAUUGCCCGCACUGCGCACGUUGCGCACGCGCAAUGACGCGUUACAUUGGACAACGUUAAGACUGACCUUCGUCGAUCAGCAGAUUAAAGGUGCAUUCAUAGACGGCGAAGGCCGUGAAGAAGUUACCCUCACAGAUAGUAUCGACGUGGCAGCCUGGCAGCGAUUGGUCACCCGUGGGGUUAUAACCCUCGGAGGUGUAGGACACGCGAGGACACGGCCACACCCCACUGCUACCACUUAUAUGACGGACAAUACGACGGAAACAGUGUGGGAAUAUUCAGAAGGUGACGAGUUCGAUGACAAUCUUAAUGGGGAGUAUUUCAAGGGUUGUCUCGGCGCGGUACACGUGGGCGGAUUGCUCUUACCAUACUUCACAGAAGAGGAACUAUUUGUAGGCGCCGCCGCAGCCCUACUCGCCGCUCAGCCGUAUUACGCGUUAUUAUCCGGUUCCCCAUGGGGUUGGAGUGAAGGUGUCGGCUGUGUGUUAUGUUUGGAGCAAGAAUGUCAGCGUGGAGCGCAUUGUGAGGACGUUAGAAACAGUUACUCAUGCGCAUGUCCGGCUGGGUACGCAGGGGAUUACUGCCAGAUAGAUAUAGACGAGUGCGAGAAUAACCAGUGUCAAAAUGGCGCCACUUGUAAAGAUGACGUUGCCAAGUACUUGUGCCUUUGUCCGAAUGGAUAUGAUGGAGUGUUUUGUGAACAUGAUAUAGACGAAUGCGAAACGAGUCCGUGCGCAAACGGUGCACGUUGUAUCGACCUGCCCGGUGCCUUUCAGUGCGAGUGUGGCUCUGAAUGGACUGGCCCGCGCUGUCAACGACCGAAGCAUCGCUCGUGUGCGCACACUCCGUGCGCUCAUGCAACGUGCACGGACGUAUACGAUGCGUCUUCCGGCAACAAUUACACGUGCACGUGCGAGGAGGGCUGGACGGGCGUACAUUGCGAACAGGCUUUAUGUGAGAUCGAACACUGCGAGCACGGGAUAUGCAAUACUACUAUAUCGCCUCCAUCAUGUUGGUGCGAAGAAGGAUUCGCGGGUCGUCGUUGCGAGCGUGAAGUGGACGUGUGCGCUACGGGACACACGUGCGAACACAACGCACGAUGCCGCACUAGUAACGGACGAGCGCUCUGUGAUUGUCCACCCGAAUGGCGCGGCGCCCAUUGCGAAAUAGAUGUGGACGAAUGUUUGGAGCAACGCGUUGACUGCGGACCCGGCGUUUGUCGAAAUCUCCCUGGGUCAUACACGUGCGAAUGUGAGGCAGGCCUAUGUGGCGACGGAUGCGCCCUACCCGACCCUUGUUACGAGGUGUACGACGAGGGCGGGGCCAACCGCACGGGCCCGUGCCUCAAUGGCGGAGAUUGUACGCAAAGGUGUACGAAUGUUACGGACUAUAUCUGUGAUUGUACGCAUCCCGCUUCUGGCAAGGAUUGUGCGCAGCUCCUGACGACAGACGAAAACGAAGGUGCUGAUACCACGACGAUUCUCCUAGCGGUGGGCGGGGCGCUCCUGGGGGCGUUGAUACUCGGCGGCGUGAUCGCGGUGUUGGCUACGCAAGCCCGACGCAAACGUGCGACACGCGGCACGUAUUCGCCAUCGGGACAAGAGUAUUGCAACCCAAGAGCUGAGAUGAUGCAUAAUGCCUUGAAACCACCACCCGAAGAGAGGCUUAUAUAAUCUAAAUAAAGUGCGAGCGAAGCCGCAUCUCAACCAAAUGUCGAUUUGUGUAAACUGUACCUGUGUAUGAGAAAGAGAGACAUCUCUCAAUACAAAGACACUCAAAAGCUUUAAUACAAUUCAUAAAACUCUGAUUCUUUGUACAGUCGGACAUAUUUUAUUAACAAUUUUUUUCCGAACUUUUUUAAAAUUCUUUCUAACUUAACAAAUACUUAAUUAUCCGACUGUACUUAUUGAAGUGUCGUGUAUGAGAUUAAAUGUAGGUGUAAGUAAAACAAAUGUAUUCAAAACGAUUCUAUAUAAUUGCAUUGUUAGACAAAAUAUACUUUUUGACAAUUUAAUAGUUAAUGUAUAUACGUAUUAAGUACUUAUAAGCAGACAGCCGAUCGGCGAUUGUCCAUUUUAUUCUAUAUAGGACAUUUUAGGACAUCAAAAUCUGACUUUUUUUGUCUCUUUCUGUCAUGUUUUGUUUGGGCUGUGAUGAAAAGAGAUGAAAAUAUUGAAAUUUGUUUUCGUUUUAAUGAACAGAAUAAAAUUAAAAAUAAAUAAAUUAAAUGUCUCUGAAAAUAUACUUUUACUAGAUUUUUUUAUAUCUUAGCGAAAAUAUGUCCAGGGCUUUAGAUAAAAAGAGGCCGAAUUUGUUCCAUAAAAUGUCACGUGACGAUGUGAGUCAUCCCCAUAGACUAUAAAGUAUAAGCUAGAAUAACGGAUCAUGUUUUUAGUAUUUUUAAUAUAAAACCUAUUUCAAUAAGCGUAGUCGAUGUGGAUCAAUAUAGAUAUUCCUUCUGUGACCUAAAUAAAUUCUAAAUCGUUGAAUUUACUUCAGUCUAAGACUCGUCUAGUGGUUCUGCCUUACUUUUGUAUGUCUAUAUGUAUGUAUAUACGGUACUAGUGUAAGGAUAACGAAAGCGUGGAAAUUCUAAAUUAUUUGAUAGUGAAGGUGCUCGCACGCUUUACGUCCACGAGCACGUAGCUUUUUUAUUAACCUCUGGUACAAGACAAUUCGAACUGGGGAAAACAAGACGGGUUUAUAAAUUUAAUAUGGAAACCUCAACCCGAUUUUCGUGGUUACGAAAUUUGCAAAGUUGAAAAUUAUACGAGUCUCGAGUAGGAGAAAGAGUGGGAAGAGUUGAUAAAGAAGAGAUGGGUUGCGUCAAGGAUGGCGGCGGGCACCAGUGCCUUAAACAGAAGUCUGUAUAUUGAGAGAUAUAUUCAUAAAUUAUCUUAUAUAACAUAGACAUAAUUAAUACGCGAGAAUUUACUGGUCACUCAAAACAUUUUAAGAUUCUCGUAGGAUUAAUAACUCAAGUUAACCCAAGCUUGUCGGAACAAGUCACUAUAAUAACGCUCGGUCUGAUAAGUUUGUAGCAUUAGUGGCUAGUGUCAUAGAAGUACAUUAGAAAUUAAGUAAUGUAUGUACCCAUAUGAACAAAAUAUAGCCACAAACUAGUUGGUCCUAAAAUCCUGAUUUUUAUGUAACUGCUUUUAUAAUGUACUUAUAAAAUGUUAAUGAUAAAUAUGUACUUAACUAAUGCUAAGUGAAUAUCUUUGCUCAAUCAUUUCUCGACUUUCCGUUUUGUGAUUACUUCAAAUUAAAUGUUUAAAUAUAAAAUUAUGUUUAUUGUCAAUAUUAAUUUCUUACCUUUUUUACGUAUUAAUUUAAAUGGAAUGUUACUACGAUGUCGAUGUUUUGUGAUAUUUUCAUAUUACGCGUCCGAAUUAUUACUACUUUGGGCCGGUAUUUUAAUUGUAAAUAUAUAUUAUUUAUUAUUACAAUAAUUAGUGCAAAGUAUUGUAGUCGUGUAUGUACUUAUAAUAAUUAAGACACAGAAAAUGUCACUGUGACACACAUAAAAUAAUCAUAAUUAUUAAAGAAAUAAUAUCUUAACCAAAUAUGUUGUCUUGAUAGUAUCAACAUUUUUGAUAGUGUAUGAGUAUUUACUGUGUCAGAAUUACAUCUGUCACGAUGACAGAUGUCAAACUAGUGUAGUCUAAGUCGAGGCAGCUGCCUGUGUUUCGGCAAUGUUACCGUCCACACGAAGCGACUAUUAUGUAUUAGCCAGAAGUUUAUUGGCGUUUACUCAUUACUUACUAAACAAUAAACGUAUAAAGUAAUUUG